UAGAUUGUUAUCAGAAACAUGUAUUUGGGUAUUUGUAGAUUCCUCUUCAGUAAUUGUGUUAUUGCUUCGUCCAUUGCAGGUUUCAACUUGGCGUUCAUUGUUUAUCCUGAAAUAUUGGCUUCUUUGCCACUACCCCAGCUGUGGUCCGUGUUGACCUUUAUCACCUUGAUGACCCUUGCUAUUGACUCUAUGGUGCCCGGGAUUGAGAUCAUCGUAGCAGCAGUAGAAGACCAAAUGCCCAACUUGACUAAACGACAGUCCUGGGCUGUAAAAAGCGUCGUCAUCCUCAGCAUCUCCCUAUUUGGUCUCAUAUACAUCUCACAGGGUGGGAUCUACGUGCUGACGCUGGUUGACUGGUUCGUUAUCUUCCCCUCCAUAGCGGUGUUUGCCAUCCUGGAGUGUCUCGUGGUAGGCUGGUUGUAUGGAACGCAGAGAUUACAAGACGAUAUCGAUGCCAUGUGGGGAAAACGGAUGCCUCGACCUAUGACACUCUGUCUGAAAUACGUGUGCCCGUUGCUCUUGUUGGUUGUCUUCAGCUAUUCUCUCUAUGCGUACCGUCCACCUAAAUAUGGCGACUACCACUUCCCCGACUGGGCCACAGUCAUCGGGUGGAUGAUCUCCAUGGUAUCCAUCAUACCAAUCCCUGUGAUAUUCACAUGGAAGGUCUAUCGCGCAUCCGGGGAUUCACUUGCCAAGAAACUGAAAAGGGCUCUGAAACCAAGGGAAAGCUGGGCCCGUUCAUCACAGGAGGAAACGCCAUACAAUGGAGUUCUUGAACCAAUGAUUUAAACCAAUUCUUCUAUUUAUUACAUUAUACAUGUGUAGCAAUGCUGUUUUUGUGAAGGCACUGUCUUACAUUCAUCAGCUGUACAGGUCAUUUAUAAUGUUUAGUAAGUAUCGAGAUUGUUUUCGUGCAUGUAUGCACGCUUAUCACAUAUCAAUAUAAAGACAGGAACAGUAUCUACUUGGUGAUUAUCCCAGGGUUGACGCUGGUAAGCGUCGACGUCCAUUUCGCAAUAUGUUACGCUCUUCUCCUGUGUCUAUAGUAUGAAGAUUUCAGCGAGUUGUUUAUACAGCUUCUCUGUUGAACGGUGCAUUGAUAAACAAUGUACAUUUUCAGCAGACCAAGGCCAACAUUUCGAUUCAGAGCAUGUCAGUAUCACAAGAGGCGAAACGCUCUACCUAUGAGUGACGGUUACGAAUAUGCUGCAGUUAGCAGUUGUUAACAACGUCCCUGUAAUAAAAUGUAAGCAAGUGAUGA